CGCUGCUUGCACCCGGCCGUGACGCCGAAGGCAACCUGCAGACGAUGACGAUUCGUCUGGUCCUGUUCGACGCGUUCUCUACACUGCUAGUCCCUCGUCUUCCGGUUUACGUUCAGUACUCACAGACAUUCGAACCUUAUCUCGGCGUGCUUGAGCCAGAGAGACUGAAAAUUUCCUUCAAGAUCGCAUUGAAGCAGCUGCAGAAUGAAAAGCCUGCGUACCAACACGGUGCCCAAGGAUGGUGGGGAGAGGUAAUCCGGAGAACUGCCAUCGGGGCUGGUGCUGACUCCUCCGCCGUCGAACAAUCCUUGGACAGGAUUGUACCUAGGCUAUUGGGUCGCUUUUCAGGGAAAGAGGGGUAUAGGCUUUUUGACGACUCAGUUCCUUGCUUGCGGAGCCUUAAAGCAGACAAUAUCAAGACCGGCCUUGUGAGUAAUACCGACACGCGAAUGAGAUUGGUCAUCGAAGACUUAGGCAUCUCACCAUUCCUCGAUCCUGUGCUCCUUAGUGAGGAAGAGCGCGUAGAGAAACCUUCUCUUCAAAUAUUCCUGCGGGCAUGCGACCUUGCGGGGGUCCAACGAGAUGAGGUCCUUCAUGUAGGCGACGAGUUGAGAGCUGACUACUACGGGGCGAAAACUUGUGGAUUAUCUGCGCUCCUAAUCAGACGGCCAGGGACCGAUGGUGAAGCCGAGAUGAAGGAGCCAAACGAGGAUCUCUCGGGAGUUGAGGUCGUGCCGAGCUUAAUCGAAGUCACAGAAUGGGUGAAGCGCAAGAAUAACACGCAACUCAAGUGACUAUACCUGUGUUAUCCAGUCUAGUAAAUUAAAUACGACAUAUGUGUACAUGGAGUACGCGGCAAAAACUUGCCAGCGAUCUCUGAAAAACCUAGGCUACUACGGGGAAGUUGGUGCCCUAAAUGUUUUCGAAGGCGGUCGCACGACAUCUUCUACUUUUUCCCCGAGUUUGAUCAUGGUCCACCUAAUGACUCGCGGGUCGUGCUUUAGGAUGUUAUCGAGACUGUGCAGUGCCUUCGGUGAAGAAUCAAAGUCCAUGGUCCAGUAGCUUUUCUGCACGUCAGGGAAGGCGCAAUUUCGAGGGACAAACGCGACGUACUCUCCAAUAUUAUGCCACUUCCUCCGUCUGUGCAUGCGCUGAGGUAACGUGAGGGUACCCCAUGAGUCGAGGCUGCGGACUACACCACCGUGGUUCAUAACAUGCUUUGCGGCCAAGGUGACGAGCUCUUUGAUGUGUUUCUGCAAGGAAGCUCAGCACUAACUUAUCUACAC